AUGCUUACCUUCAGUAUUGACGACCUUAUGGGCAAUAACAUCAGCCGCAGUCGACAAGCCGCCACUUUUAAUACAAGUUUUGGAGAAACUCAACUUUCUUCUCCAAAGUCAGAGACCGAAAGUAUGUUCUCAUCAUCUUCCUCCUCUUCGCCAGAAACGGAAUCGAUCGCUCAGAUACUCCUAUCCCUGGACAAACAAGCGAAAACCGCCUUUCCAUCCAACAACUGCGCCUCAAGUAGGAAAGAGGAGAAACCGGAGCAUUCCUAUAUUGCCCUGAUAUCAAUGGCGAUUCUCCAGUCACCUGAGAGAAAACUGAUUCUGGCCGACAUCUACCAGUACAUCAUGGACAAUUUCCCCUACUACAACAACAGAGAGAAAGCCUGGAGAAACAGCGUCCGCCACAACCUCUCUCUCAACGAAUGCUUCAUGAAAAACGGGCGUGCCGACAACGGUAAGGGCAACUAUUGGUCCAUUCAUCCUUCUUGCAUAGAGGACUUCGCCAAAGGGGACUUCCGUCGGCGUCAGGCUAGACGACGUGCCCGAAAAAUCACAAAAGAGGUGAAUAUGGGGUAUUGUUCCCCGCUGAAAUAUGGAUAUGAUAUGGGAUACGUGCCAAUGACGUCAUCUCCCAUGGCUUACCACCCGUACCUGGGCACCGCUGCCUGUAUGAUGUGGUCACCACCUCAGAUUCCAUCACCCCACUGCUAUUAUCUCGGAACGGGCAAUUAUCCACAGAACUUCUCUCCACCAAAAUUCACGCAUUCCCCAAUCUGUUCGCCUAUCUCCCUCGGCCAAUAUCAGCACCCGACGACAGAGAACUUCACCGCCGUGUCUUGA